UAGGCAUAAUCAUACAAGCAUACAUCAUCUCAUUUCCCACCAAUUUCACAAUAUAUCACAAUACAAAUAUUUUCACUCACAUGCAAAUUCAAAUGAAAUUCAUACUCAUCUUAAAUAUCUUCAAUCCAAAACCAUUUGGAUCCCGGUGCAAUUGUGUUGGAAAGAAGAAGAGGAGAUCAUAACGAAUCCAGAACUGUAAAGAGCUUCGCCGGUGCUUCGUCGGAAAACUCAUACAGCCACCGGUUUCUGGAAAUUUGCAGUGCUCUGAUCGGAUAAAUCAAACUACACUUCCUCAUCAAACCCUUCAUGGUUUUGAAGCUUCGGUUCAAUCUCAAAGAGUUGAUGCGACUGAGAACAAAAGUAGCCUCCAUCUUAAGGCAGAAUUCUCCUACUCGCCACCUCAAAAGUACAAUUCUGCACCAAUGGAAGAUCAAGCAGAAGAAGAGGGAGAACAAAGAGUCAACGGAAACACAAUUGUUGCUGGUGUUGGUGGUACUCCGUCUGAAGAUGGAUAUAAUUGGAAAAACUACGGUCGAACGCGAAUUAAGAGUAGCGAGUUCCCACGAAGAUACUUCAAAUGCACCCAUUCAAAUUGUCCGGCUAAAAAGAAGGUAGUAUAUUCUCACGAGGGCCACAUGACAGAGAUCAUCUAUAUGGUAGCACACAACCACCCGAAACCUCCUCCAAGUCGCUGGUCAGGCAUAGGGUCAGCUAAUCCUCAUGCUGACAUGCAAGUGGACAAUCCCGAACAUGUUGAAGCGACGUCAGCUGCAUCUGCUAUUGCUGAUGAGUACGGCAACCAGUCCAUCAAUCUGCAAACUCAAAAUGGUAUUACUCACUUAGACUCAGGUGAUGCUGUGGAUGGCUCAUCCACUUUUUCUAACGAAGAGCAGGACGGUCAAGGCACUCAUGGUAGUGUAUCAUUAGGUUAUGAUGCAGAAGGAGAUGAAUCCAAGUCUAAAAGAAGGAAACUGGAAUCCUUUGCUGAGAUGAUUGGAUCUACUAGAGCCAUUUGCGAGCCUAGAGUUGUUGUGCAGACUACCAGCAAAGUAGAUAUCCUCGAUGAUGGUUAUCGAUGGCAAAAAUAUGGGGAUAAAGUUGUCAAAGGAAAUCUAUACCCAAGGAGUUACUACAGGUGCACCAAUGCUGGGUGCACUGUAAGGAAGCAUGUGGAGAGAGCAUCGCAUGACCUUAAAUCUGUGAUCACCUCAUACAAUGGAAAGCACAAUCACGAUGUACCCGCUGCUCGUUCUAGCCGUCACGUCAAUGCGAACAACGCAUCUAAUGCAGGUCAAGGGCAAGCUUCUGGUCUUCUUCAAAACCAUGCUCAUAGAACUGAACCAUCUCAAAUUCACAAUGGAAUGGGAAGGCCUUCACUCGGCUCAUUCAACUUUCAUGGCAGACAGCAGCUAGCUCAUCCGCACAGCUUCUCCUUCGGCAUGAAUCAACACCUCUUCAACCUUGCAAUGUCUGGUUUAGGUCCCUCUUCACUGAUGCAUAUGAAUCCAUUCAUGGCGCAACAACAACAUCAACAACAACAGCGUGUCGCAAAUGAAAUGGGCAUCAUGUUACCAAAUGGAGAUCUUAUGAAUCACAUGCCUUUCGGACCUCACAUGUAAAAUUUUCUCAUAUAUAUUCUUAAAAGCAAACUAAUGUUUUUGCAUUAUAUGAUUUACAUAUAUAUGUAAUGAUCAGACAUACAUAGGUGGAUUUCACAUUAGUCUCAUUGCUGAUUUUAUUUCAUUUGAGGAAUCACAU